ACGUCGCUCAUUUCUCUUUCUGCACGUCAACCAGCUCACCCCUGCCACGACAAUCACUCUUGCCUUCACCAUGCUUCGCGGACUAUCACGCCAGCGCUUCCCCAUACAUCGUCUGCAUCUCUCGAGCCGCCGGGAGAUCGCCAGCUACACGGAGCAGUAUCGACGCAGCCUCGAGAAGCCCGAAGAGUUCUGGGCCGAAGCAGCGCAGGACAUCAAAUGGUUCAAACCCUGGUCCAAAACCCUCGACACGUACGCAACGAUAUGACCUCUACAUAAGAGAAAUUAGUCACUGUUUUACUCUAACUCUUCCGUUAUUACAGCGCCAGCGGGCCGUCGUCGAGGUGGUUCACUGGGGGCGAGAUGAACACGUGCUACAAUGCAUUAGACGUGCACGUCAACAGCGGGCGGGGCGAUGUCGUGGCUCUCCAUUACGACAGCCCACUAACUAGCACCAAGACGACCAUGACAUACAGUCAGCUACUGAAAGAAGUCUCUACCUUUGCUGGUGGGUUGCAGAAGCUGGGCGUGAAGAAAGGAGAUUGUGUGGUUAUCUACAUGCCAGCAGUAUUGGAGACGACUGUAGCCAUGCUCGCCUGCGCGCGUCUCGGAGCUGUGCACUCCGUCGUCUUCGGCGGGUUUGCAACGCUUGAGCUGGCUGCUCGCAUUGAAGAUGCGAAACCCAAGCUGAUCAUCUCAGCGAGCUGCGGCGUGGAGCCCAAGGGCAUCAUCGACUACGGACCACUGCUCAAUGGAGCGAUCGAGCGCUCGACCUGGAAACCCAACAAGGUUGUCAUGAUGCAACGCGAUCUCUGCCCGUUCCCCAUGACCAAAGGCCGUGACGUCGACUGGAGAGACGUGAUGGCGAUGGGCAAUCCUGUCGAUGCAGUGCCUGUACUGGCAACAGAUCCGCUCUAUAUCCUGUAUACGUCGGGAACUACGGGACGUCCGAAGGGCGUCGUGCGAGACAAUGGCGGCCAUGCUGUUGCACUGAAGUGGGCUAUGCGCAACGUGUUCGACAUUGCGUCGGAGGAUGCGUUCUUCGCGGCGUCAGAUAUGGGCUGGACGGUUGGGCACUCGCUUGUUGUGUAUGGACCGCUCGUACAUGGCUGCACGUCGGUUCUGUAUGCGGGCAAACCUGUCGGAACUCCGGAUGCUGGAGCUUAUUGGCGAUUGAUUACGGAAUACGGUAUCAAGUCCAUGUUUACUGCUCCGACUGCACUGCGAGCGAUCCGAAAAGAAGACCCACAUGCUCUGCUGCUCAAGGAGAAGAAGCAGGAGAUCCGCAAGACGUUCCAGUCGAUGUUCGUAGCUGGCGAACGUGGUGACCCCAAGACGUUCAAUUUCUUCUCAGAAGAGCUUGGCGUUCCUCUUAUCGACCACUGGUGGCAGACGGAGACUGGAUGGCCGAUCACGGCGCCGUGUCUUGGCAUGCAGAACGACGAUCUUACAGAAGACGGCCAUCCACGCAUUAAAGUAGGCUCGGUCGCUCGUCCGGUGCCAGGCUGGGAUGUUCAACUUUUAACAGCCGACAGCACCGACGACGAUGAGAACCACGGCCAUAACCACGAGAAAGAAGAGAAAGAUGCCGAGCUUGUGGUGAAGCUACCACUUCCUCCGGGCGCUUUGACUACCCUGCACAACAACCCAGACGACUUUUAUGCCAAGUAUUUCAAGCGAUUCCCGGGCUACUACCACACUGGAGACACCGGACACAUCGAUGAAGAAGGUUUCGUUUACGUGAUGUCGCGAACGGAUGAUGUUAUCAACGUCGCUGGCCACCGUAUUACGACUGGUUCGAUUGAGGAAGUUAUCAUUGAGAUUCCUGAGGUCGUGGAAUGCGCGGUGUUUGGCGUCUCUGAUCCACUUAAGGGACACGUUCCGGUUGCUCUUCUGGUGAUUGACAAGAAGAUUGAUCGUCCUAAGGAGGAGAUCAUCGAACAAGUUGUACGCGAUGUACGUGAGCAGAUGGGCAGCUUUGUGUGUUUGAAAUCUGUUGGUCUCGUGAAUGCGCUGCCCAAAACUCGCUCUGGCAAGGUCAUGCGAGCUACGAUCCAAGCUGUCGCCGACUCGGCUCCAUUUCGUAUGCCAGCAACCAUCGACAACGUCGCAGUACUUGACGAUAUCCGUGGAGUACUGCAGAAGCUAGGAUAUGCCAAAAAGAAGUCCGUGCUGAGCCAGUAACACUCGAUGUACAUCCAUGUACAUGUAAGCGUGACUAAACAUAUAUUUCACGCCGUAAAUAACGUUCCCAAUCACGUAAAGUAGGUAAACACAAUCAUUCUGCACAUGUUUACAGUGUCAAUUUGACCAGUUAUUAUUAUUUGAAAAAAGAAACCGAAC